ACGUUUGGAGGAGACUGAUUUUCUGUGUUCAUUUCGUUGGCGGGAAGGAGAAAAACAAAAUAACCUGCGAUGGAAAUUGUCGAUCCAAAGAGCCGAUCUAAACGAACAAGAAAGGGUGUAAAGCUUGAACAGAAGUAUACUCAUCCGCUUCAGUUUUUUCACACACCACCAACUGAUACAAUAUCUUUACAGGAGUUCGAAGAAUAUGCUGUGGAGAGAUUGAAAGUACUAAAAGCUCUGGAUACAGCAGGUGUUCGGCAUGUUCGAGGUUCCGAUAAAUAUAAUGAGUUGGUGGAAAAAGAAAUAAAGAAAACUAAGUUUGGUCCUAUUCUCAGGACUGACAGAAGAGAUGAUGAAUUCCUGCAGAGACUCGACCAUAUUUCACACUUCAUUCUAAGAUUGGCUUAUUGUAGAUCGGAGGAGUUGAGAAGAUGGUUUCUGCAGCAGGAGUUAGAGUUAUUGAGACUGAGGUUCCAGAGGGAGUCACCAGAAAGCAGACAGGACUUCCUCAGGGAAAACAACCUCAACUACAGCCCAAUUUCCGAGGAUGACAAAAGGGACAUAACUCCAGAGUUAAUAGCAGCAUCUGGAAGGAAUACAUCACAGGCACACACGCAGGAGUAUUUCAAGGUUCCAUUUGUGGAGGUGCUUGAUUUGAUCAGCAAGAGAAAGGUGUUUCUGAGUGAUGGAUUUGCGUAUGUGCCACGAGAAGACAUGAUAUCAAUCCUCUUAACUCACUACCGGGCACACCUGUCCCAUUCUUUAGCUGUGACCUGUCGAGCCCUGCCUCACCUGGAGGAGGAUGACAGACUACUACCAAUGGUGUGUGGACUAAGUAAGCGCUAUGUCGGGAAGGAUUACACCUCAAAAAAGACCAAUGUGGGCCAAAUCACAGCAGAUAUGGUGGAGAUGCUCUCCAAACAGUCAUUUCCAAUGUGUAUGCAGCAGCUGCAUGAAUCAAUGAAAAGAGACCACCAUCUCCGCCAUGGGGGUCGCCAGCAAUAUGGGCUAUUCCUCAAAGGGAUUGGACUGUCUCUGGAGGAAGCUAUGACCUUCUGGAGGAAAGAAUUCACCAAGCUUAUAGAUGGUGACAAGUUUGACAAGAAUUACUCCUAUAAUAUCCGCCAUAACUAUGGAAAGGAGGGGAAGAGGGCCAACUAUACUCCCUACAGUUGUAUGAAAGUCAUCAUGUCUAAUGCCCCAGGACAGGGCGACUACCAUGGUUGUCCAUUUAAACAUUGCGACGAAGCACUACUAGCACAGAAGUUACGGGGACAGAGCUUGUCAAAGGAACACAUAGACAAGAUCAUGACUGAGGUGAAAGGUGGCCACUAUGGGGUAGCGUGUACGAAGCACUUCCUGGCCAAACACGGAGGCGUGGAGGAACAGGACAUCAAUAGCAUAAAUCACCCGAACCAGUAUUUCGAGGAGAGCCAGAGAAUACUUCGCGGGGACAAGAAGGAAUCGCUGAAGCCUGUCCCCAACACUCCCCGCUCUCAGUACUCCAGUAGUCCGUCACAAGGCACGCCGAAGUCUCAGAAGAUUCCUGAAAGUCAGGGCACCCCAGGGGGUCAGAUGAGUGGUAUCGAGGAGAUGGAGGAGGACGAUGAUCUGAUGAUGUCCCUGGACUGCUGAUAUUAUAUCUAUAGAAUUGGUCGAGAACUUGGAGAAAAAGUAUAUGUCUAUGGCCAAGAGAUGGAGAUUUUAUCAGUUUUUGCGUAAACAAAUUCUGAAAAAUACAUGACAGUAGAUCUUAUUUUCAUACAAUAUGUGGACCUCAUUCAAAAUGGAGUACAAAAUGGAUUGUACUGUACAAGUUGGUCAUUACAUAGCUACCUCCUUCUGUGGUAUUAUCAUGGAAACUUUCCAAUAACUUUUUUUUAUGUCAGUGCUUGAUAUGAUCAGUUUGUCACCAUGAACUACAAACAUUGGUAAAUCUUGUGUUGGUGAUCACAGUUUGGAUCUGCCUGGUUUUCAGUUCAGUGACCAGGUCCUAGAUUUGUGCUUUUGGAUAGCUCUACUAAGUUUGGUAAGCAUCUAAAGUAUUUGAUAUUAAAAUUAUGUCAUUUUGAUAUCAAAGUUGAAAUGAGUGGAUAGCAUGUUCUGCUAUUGAGCCCGGGUAUACAAUUAAAAGGUACUAUUUCUUAUUUUUGUUUUCAUUUAAUGAUGUAAGUGCUUUAAUCUGUUAAAUGAUUUUAGUGUCAUGUAACAGUAAGUAAAUUCUUUCAAGAUUUAACUCAAAUUACUAGUGAUUAUUAUCUUUAUCAGUUAGUGAUUUACCCAUGCAGUUGCAUGACAGAAUUUAAUUUAUCCUGUUUAAUGUGUCCAUUGAAACACUUAUACAUGUAUACCAUAUUAAAAUUUAAUU